AUGGGUAUGGAGUGGGGUGGAAGUGGGAUGUCUGGCCACAACCGGGGGGGCGAGGGCAGGGGGCGCCCCAACGGCCGAGCCUACCACCCCAGCGAAAUCCCGCCCUACGAGAACUCAGGGGACAGCCUCGAGCCCCCGUACUACGUUCAGGACCUCAAUAAACACAGGAGUCUUGACGACGUCAAGAAGAUGCCAGAUGAAUACCGCCACGGAGGCCCAACAGAACCGCUCUACCACCAGCCGCCCACAGCACUCGAGCCCCAGGACAGAUAUCUUUCGAAACGCUUGCACUGUGAAGCAGACACCACAACGAAACUUUUAUUUCCAACCAUGUACCAUGGCGGGUGCGUAGCCGGAGAAGUUCCUGGUCUCGUCCCCGCCGGUGGCAACUCACUCACGUCACCUUAUUUUGCUCAGAACCAGCUCCGGAUGGCUCAGGCUGGUGGGCGGAGGUUCUCCCCUCUGAGGCUGCCCUUAGGGGCCUCCGGCUCGUCCUGGAGGAGGUGCUCUUGGAGGUGCACCACCGUCGUCUUCGUCUGCGUCACUGUCUGCCUCGCUGCCGUCACCACCUUCCUUGCCAAUCUUCACUUUCAAAAGAUUUUCACACUGAGAACACUUAUUUAA